GGCCACCACCACAAGAGGCUACCACCAGGUCAAAGAGCCAACCAUGGAAUGGAGCCCAACAGUGAGAAACGGAAAGCUUUGUUGCAGGAAGAAAAUCAGAAAGAAAUGAAAGAGAAAGAGAGGGUCUCUGUUGAAUCAUCCCGAACCUCUGUUUCAUCAUCCUCUUGCUCAUCUACCUUCUCAUCAGUUGACUGCAAUAAAACUGCUCAAACAGAACCGUCAAUCUUCUGCCAAAGCAUUGUCCCUGAAACCACCCCUACCCGGAUAUCACCUGUGAGACAACCAAAUCCUUUGCACCCAAGCCAGCAGUCCAUUGCUAUCCAAGACGUGGUCAAGGACUCGAUGUACAGAGAAGCCCGUGGAGUAUCAGUAAAAACCAUGUCUACAGAGGACGGAAGGGUUUAUGUCAUGAAGCACAUAGAUUCUCCAAGGCUUUUGCAGCAGGCCAAAUCUGUUCAGCCAAGGGCUACUGGUUUUGAUGGACCAAUUCGAGUCCUUGAUAAGGUUCAAGAAGCACGAUGGAAGGAAGGGAAGGAUGGUUUUCGGCCAUUGGCAUUAAAAGAUGCUCCUCGGUUCUCUUAUGAUGGUAGAGAAUCGAGAGAAAAAAUUAAGUCUACCUUAAAGCUGAAGGAGCUCCCAAGGCUAUCAUUGGACAGCAGAGCUGGUUCCAUAAGGAGUUCUGCCUCUGAGUCGAGAUCAAAUUAUCUUCUAAGUGAUCUACAAAGGGAAAACGUGAACUCUGACCAAUUCCGAAACCUACAUCAAGAGCCAGGAAAUAACAAAAGAACUUCUGGCGUCGUAGCAAAGUUGAUGGGUUUGGAACCCUUCCCAGAUUCCAUUACCGGUAAGCAGGGUCAGAUGAUGAAGAUUAAAGCCUGUCCUGAUGAAGAUUGCAGCACAAUUUCAAGAUCAUCCAGAAUAGCUCAUGAAAGCAAGCGAGACCAGGUUUCUGGAUCGCCAAAGGUUUCACACAGGGACCCUGCCUCGCCUGGAUUAAGAAAUGCCAACUCAGUCAUGAAACCAACUUCAAACACUAGGGUUCCACUAGAACUUGCUCCAUGGAAGCAGCCUGAAGGUGGUCAAGGCUCUCAGAAACUAGCUUUCAAGUAUAGGGAAGCUCCAAUAAAUUCUUCACAUGCUUCCUCUUCAGUUUAUGGUGAAAUGGAGAAAAGGUUGACUGAACUUGAGUUCAAAAAAUCUGGAAAAGAUCUGAGAGCUCUUAAACAGAUACUCGAGGCAAUGCAGAAGACAAGACAGAGGCUAGAGAACAGAAAGGAAGAGCAAACUUCAGACUCUGAGUCUCAAACAAGCAAAGUCGGCCAAAAUUACAGCAGCCUUGAUCAAGGUUCUAAACUAGUGAUGCCACAAAGCCAGCAUAGAAGUCACCCAGUUUCUCCCGUCAACAAGGCAACCAAUCUCACAACAAGAUUCGAGUCUCGAAUUAUGGUCAUGAAACCAACUAAAAUUACAGGUUCCUCUCAGAUCCUGAUUGAUGGUUUAUCAGGCCUGCAAAAACUCCGGACUGCAAAUUCUGCAAAUAACAAAAUGGAUUUUCAUGACAAGCAAACAACUAAAGAGCGCACUCCAAGAAACAAUAACCUCAGGCACCCUUCUAGUCAGCCCCUUCUUUCCAUGGAUAUAAAGACCAAUGCCAGAACCAAAAGGUCCAACCAAACUGCAAAGGCACCUGAACACAAGGUUGGAGAAUGUUUCUCCAGCACUGGAAGGAGCUCUGGAACCGCGAGCCCAAGACUGCAACAGAAAAAGCACGGGAUAGAAAAGGAGUCUCGUCCCACCACCCCAUCGUCUGAUUUGAGCAAGUCAAGAAGGCAGUACAAUACACAACCACAAGAAUCAGCUUCCCCAAGAAGAAAACCCAAAUUGAAAUCUUCAAUUUUACAGCAAGGUGAUGCCCAAUCGAGCGAGAUGAGCGGUGAAACGGGAAACUUGAGUCACCAAGGUGAUACAAUUUCUGUGCAUUCAGAAGGCAAUGCUAGCUUGGCCUCACAGAUUGACACCGAGGUCACAAGCAGAGACCGUUCCAAUGAGAUCAAUGGCACAUUCCACCUAAGUGAUACUAACGAUAGAAAAUUUGCAGCUAGGUGGAGUGAAGACAGGUUAAUGGCUGAACUUGCAACAGCUACCUCAGAAAAACCAAGUCCUGUGUCUGUUCUUGAUGCUAUGUUCUAUGCAGAAGAAUCACCAUCUCCUGUUAAGAUGUCAAGAGCUUUUCAAGAUGACGAAACUUCAAAUUCUGACGAAGCAGAAUGGCAUCCAGAGGAUCUAAGUCACAGUAGAACACCCAAUCUCAUCUCCGAGUUCAGUAACAAGAAAUUUGAAAAUAUCAAGCACUUGGUUCAUAAAUUUAGACAACUGGACUCCACUUCUGAUGAAGCCACAGCAGAUCAUAUUGCUUCUCCUCUUGAGAGCAAAAAUCCAGAUCAUAGAUACAUUACUGAGAUAUUGUUAGCAUCAGGUCUCCUCAAAUAUCUUGGCUCCUGCUUGACAGCCAUUCAGCUCCAGCCAUCAGGCCAUGUGCUAAACCCCAACUUGUUCCAUGUCAUUGAACAAAGCAGGCAAAGCACUGAACUUGGAAACAAGAACCACAAUGGAAAGAUUGCUCAGUCCAAAACCAAAGAGAAAACUAAAAGAAAACAAAUAUUUGACGUUGUCAAUGAGAUUCUAUUCAGAAAACUAGCUUUUGAAAGAUCUUACAAGCUAGGAGGGAAAAGCCUGAGUGGACAGAAGCUUCUGGAAGAAUUGUGUUCUGAGAUUUGUCAUCUCCAAGCUAACCCAGACUGUGGCCUAGAUGAGGAGGAUGAUGGAUUGACAAGCAUCUUGAGUGCGGAUAUGAAGCAUCAGUCAGAAGAUUGGACAGACCACCAUGGUGAGAUUCCAGGGCUUGUGUUGGAUAUCGAGCGCUUGAUCUUUAAAGACUUGAUUAGUGAGAUUGUGAGUGGUGAGGCAGCUGAUCUGCAAUAUCAAUCAAGGAAGCACUGCAGGCAACUGUUUAGCAAAUAGUUUUUCAAUUUUCUCUUCACUAGCUUGUAAAGAGAUUCUAGGGUCAAUAAUAUAAAUCUUCAUUACAAUCACUCUGCAUGUUUAGAACGCUUCUGCUUCUUUUCAUACUUCAAAUUACAGCCAUAUGC